AUGAAGCCGGCCACUUGCCUUUUGCGCUCGAAGACAUUUAACUCGUCGUGCUGUGGAAUUGUCAAAAUCGUGCUUGCUCGAAAUGGAAGCUAUCAGCUUUACACUGUGAUCACCUCCAUCAAGCACUUUCCAAGAGAUCUGGAUAAGGAGACAAGAUUUGCCUUCAGUGCAGGGGGAGAGGAAAUCUUAAAUCCACCUGGCCUGCACUGGGAUUAUUGGUUUGAUAUCGUCUGCAGAGAGUGGAUUACAACUUCUAGCGCGCCGAGGACCCCGAUCUGUGGCAGCAUGAACCUGAGGCUAAGCUGUGUGUGUCGGCCAGUCUGCUGGCCCUUUGGCAGCUUGUUGGACUCCCGACACUGUGUCUUUGCCCUGACAGUCCUCACACUCCUCAUGCAGGUGGUCGUUGAAGCCAAUUCGUCUCUGGCCAUGAACCCGUUUGUUAUUCCAGAGGCAUACAUUAUCGGCGCCCAGCCUCUGUGCAGCCAGCUGGUGGGCCUGUCUCAGGGCCAGAAGAAGCUGUGCCAGCUUUACCAGGACCACAUGCAGUACAUUGGCGAGGGCGCCAAGACGGGCAUCAGAGAGUGCCAGUACCAGUUCAGACACCGGCGCUGGAACUGCAGCACGGUGGACAACUCCUCCGUCUUCGGACGCGUCAUGCAAAUAGGCAGUCGGGAAACGGCGUUCACUUAUGCCAUCAGCGCAGCGGGGGUGGUGAACGCAGUGAGCCGUGCCUGCAGAGAGGGAGAGCUGUCCAGCUGUGGGUGUAGUCGCUCUGCUCGGCCCAAAGAUCUUCCCCGAGACUGGCUGUGGGGCGGCUGCGGAGACAACCUAAACUACGGCUACAGGUUUUCCAGAGAGUUUGUGGACGCGCGUGAGAGGGAGAAGAGCUACCCAAAGGGCUCGCAUGAGAGCGCCCGCCUACAGAUGAACCUCCACAAUAACGAGGCCGGAAGGAGUACGGUGUUCGAUCUUGCCCAUGUGUCCUGCAAGUGCCACGGUGUGUCAGGCUCGUGCAGCCUAAAGACUUGCUGGCUGCAACUGGCUGACUUCCGCAAGGUGGGGGAUACGCUGAAGGAGAAGUAUGACAGUGCCGUGGCCAUGAAACUCAACUCCCGCGGAAAGUUUGUACAGAUGCAUAACAAGUUCAACCCUCCCACGACCCUCGAUCUGGUGUACAUCGACUCCAGCCCAGACUACUGCUUGGAGAACCCAGGCACGGGCUCUCUUGGCACUGUGGGGCGCCUCUGCAACAAGACAUCAGAGGGCAUGGAUGGCUGCGAGCUGAUGUGCUGCGGCAGAGGCUAUGACCAGUACAAGGCUCAGAUUGUCGAGCGCUGUCACUGCAAGUUCCACUGGUGCUGCUAUGUCAAAUGCAAGCGUUGCACCAAAACUGUAGACCAGUUUGUCUGCAAGUGAGACGAGAAGUGUUGGCUUGCAGGUGAUGGGUGUACAUUUCUGUGUGUUCACGCGCAGUGGAGCAAAUGAGUAGAGCACAGAGAGAGAAUGGAAGAAAGAAACUAUAUAAAUUAUAUUUAUAGAGUUAAACAAUUAUGUCAUUGCAGAAAGACACUUUUAAAAAAAAGAAAAAGAAAAAAAAAAAGAAACGUAUGUCUUGAGAAACUGAGAGUAUUGUGAAAUAUUUAUUUGGAGAUUGUUUUUAUUCUAGCCAAGUCAUCACCAGCCAAUUUUUUUAAGACCUCUCAAGUGCCUGAAAACAGCCUGGAAUCUACCCCAGUAUGCUUCCGAAAAAACGAAAACAGAAAACAAAGUAUUUUUCUUUAAUCAAAUGGGUUGAAGUGAUGCAAGAUUAUGUAGUUUUCCCCAUUCUCUAAGGUCAUUUCUGGCUCUGAGGUUUUAAUUUUUUUUUUU